CCUGCUCCUGCUCCUGCUCCUCCUCCCCUUCUCCUCCAGACCCCAUUCGUUAAGUAUAUAGGGUUAAAAGGUCCCUUGAUGAUCUCCAUCCAGGGUCUCGGAUUGUCCACAAGCAUCACCUGUACACUUGGCUUUGUAUCAUCACACUGUCUGUUCUUGUCUCUCGUUUGCCUCGCUUUGGACCCCCAAAGUCGACAAAGUCUUUACAUAAACCGCUCCGAAUCCCACCUCGCCAAAUCCACGACACUAUCACGGCAUCAGUUUACUCCAGUCAUCAUUGACAACCUCAAAGAUACACUUCAGCACCACAAGUCAUCACCAUGUCUUCAGAAACUCCACGCCAUUUGUCCUCUCGGGAAGAGUUUGAGUCAAGGACACUCGCUCCUCUCAAACUCCCCAACCUCAGACUCAACGAAUUGAGCUUUCCAUCGCCACCGUCGACCCCUAACUCGAUCCAGCUGAGCCCAAGUUGUAGCUUCCAGUCGGUAUCAUGGAGCAGAAGGCCAUCAGUCGACUCGGACUACUUCUCCGGAGCCCUUUCCAACCUCUCCAUCACUUCAUCAGUGUCCUCUGCUGGAUCAGACUUGAAGAGACAGGCAAGCAGCACCUACUUGGACACUCGCCCAGGGCCAAGCAUGCGCAGUUUGCUCGAACCACAGCAGCAGCAGGUCUCUCUCCCGCCCAUUUCUCACAUUCUCAAUGCCGUACCCUCACCCUUUGAGCAUCAGCUUAGCCAGCAUCGGCCCCAGGCAUCCCCGGAUUAUACUUCACGCUUCGCACCUUUCCAGCAAGGCAUCUUCACCCCGCUGCCAUCUCCGACUUGCAGCAUUUCAUCAUCAUCAUUCCCAAGCCAAGCACAGCGCCAACAAUCCUCUUCUUCCCUACCACGGUCCUACUCCGUACCAGACGUGUGCUACAAGAACUUCUCUGCUACGCUGUCGUCGGCCACCACUCCUCAGAAGAAGAGACAAGCAUCGGCGGCCUUUGAAAAUGCUUCUUCCCGCUUCCUGUCGUCCUGCAAUAUCAACAACAAACUUCAGAUUCACCCUAGCAGGACUCAUCGCACGACAAGCAGACACUCACCAUACAAAAGCGCCGCCGCUCUGCACCGCAACAGCGACCGCAAGUCAUCCACCUGCUCGUCUGGUUCUUCUGCUUCUUCUUCUUCUUCUUCUUCUUCGUCAUGCUCGCCUGGCUUUGCCACAGACGACGAAACAUCCGAGGUUCCCGACGAGGACGAAAACCUCCCCACCACCUCCUCCAACGCCAGCAGCAGCAACAGUAGUAGUAGUAGUAGAGGCAAAAAGCAAAACAUCCAGUACACGACCGAGCAAAAUCUCUUCAUCAUCUACCACAAAGACGACCUCGAGCUUCCCUGGGCCGAGAUCGAGAAGCGGUACAACGCGCGUUUCCCCGGUCUUUACCGGACUGCGGGCGGGCUCAACUGCAACUACUACCGCCUCAACGCCAAGCUGCCGCGAACCGAAGACGGAGACAAGUUUUCGCUCAUCUUUGACGAGCGGCCCCGGUACGACCCGGAGAACCCGGGCAAGAUGUUGCCGUUGACGUGGGACGAGUACGAAGGUGUGAGGUUCCAGACUGUUCAUGUCCAGGUUAGGCAGGCGGCCAAAGUGUUGGGACACCCGAUUGGACUUAUGUGGAGGUGUCCGGAGGAGUUGAUCAAGAGUGAGAAUGAGUGGGUGUUGGAGGAGCAUAGGGAUAAGGCUAGGGAGCUGGCUGCGAGAAGAUCCUACCAGAGAGAAGCGUGGAAGAGGAGUCAGCAACAACAACAACAACAACAUCAGCAACAGCAACAACAGCAACAACAAGAUCAACAACACAACCAGCAACAUCAAUCUCUCAUCUUUAAUUCUGAACAAUUCCGAUGAAGAUUCCAUUUUUCUUUGUUGUUUCUAUGCAACUAUACUAAAACUCUCACGAGUUUCACCUCAACUUCUAGUACAUCUGAGACGCAUACACGUUUUUCUUCUUCUUCUUUUUCUUCUGAUCCAUAUCUUUUUUUAUAUCCAAUUCUUUCCUUUGUACAAAUUUCCUUGCAUAUUUCUAUGUAUCCUCUUCUGCAAAACAUACAGAGCAACACCUGCCAAUCAUCAUACCCUUACUAGAGGGUGGCAGUAGUUAGUCACUUGAUCUUUUAGUAGGCAGGUGUUCAAAGGCGAAAAGGCGAAAGUCAUGGGUUCUCGAGCUGUAUAUGGGCCGGUAUGGGACAUGAGAUGGAAAGGGAUGGCUGCAUAUGUUUUUACACAGGUACGGGCUAAUUCGUGGAGGCAACGGUGACGCUUAAUUUAACGAACGAGUUCGAUUCCAUCAUUUCCGUUCCAUCUUUCCUUGCCGUCUCUGUCUAUGUACUAUUAUCAACAACACAAAAGUGUCUUGACGCAAAGUCCCUGCGAUAGCCAGUGGUUGGGAGGAAAUAUGGCUACGUCUGGACCAUUUUGCGGCAUUGGGUGGCUCUACAUUGCUGUGGAAUUUUACAACUGCUUCAAAACCAA